UUGUCAUUUUACGUGAAACUGAAUAACCUAACUUUGCAACAUUUACAUUACAACGAAUGUCGAAAAAAAUCAUUGUGAUCCAGGGUCAGUUAUUAUCGAAUAUUCAGACGAUAUCGUAAUUUGAACACCGUAAGUGUGAGUUCUGUGACAUUAAAUAUAAUCAAAAUGUUUUAUAGAAAUAUAAUAAAAACUAUAGGAACAAGAACUUCUAAGUUAUGUAAAUAUAACGGUAUUUGUAAUAUAUUCGGCAAUUAUAAAAGCAUUAUGCCGUUAUCAACAACAAGAUUGGCGCUAAAGGAUGAAAAGGUGAAGGUAGUUUUCAAUUUGUAUGACGGCCGUCGCCUGGAGACCGAAGGUAAGGUUGGUGACACACUGCUGGACGUGGUGGUCAAUAACGACCUGGACAUUGACGGGUACGGAGCUUGUGAGGGUACUCUGACAUGUUCCACUUGUCACGUGGUGCUCAAACAGCCCGACUAUGACAGGUUACCAGAAGAAGCGGGUGAUGAGGAACGCGACAUGUUAGACCUGGCGUACGGUUUGACGGAUACGUCUAGGUUAGGGUGUCAGAUUACAUUGACCAAAGACCUGGACGGCCUGGAAGUAGAUGUACCUGAAAGCGUCAACGACGCCAGGAGUUGACAGGCAAUAAUAAAACGGGUCUGCAUCUGGAAACUGAACAGAUAUGAGACCAGGAUUUUGACCUGGUACACCUGGAACUUUAAUCUAAGCAUAACUCACGAUAAAUUUGAUUUUUAAAUAAUAAUAACUAUAUGAAGUAAGGUCCACUUUUCAUUCAUUACUUAAAAUUGAUAACAUGAAUUAAAAACUCGAAACUAUAAGUUUGGUGUGAUGCAGACCCGUAGUAAAGCCGGUAGCUCAAUUUAAUGACCCAUCAAAAGUAUUGAUUAAUAUAUAUAUAUAUAUAUAAAUCCUUAUACAGCAGCUGAUAUAGGUAUAAGAUAAUUUAUUAGCAAUAAUAUAUAUUGGAACAUAAUAUAAUGUUACAUAGGUAUUUUUUUUAAAUAAUCGUUAUGAAACCUUUUUUCCGACGCGGACCCUGUAUAGUCUGUGAAAUCUGUUUGUAGAUAAGACGUUAUAUUUUUAUAAGAUUUCUAUCCGUAAAUAAAUGUCUAUAAUGCAUAA